GUUAAAUAAAGAACGCUUGAGUUUCGGUGGCCUAACACGGCUCUCAAUUUCUUUGCAAAUAUGAAUCUUGCAAAUUUGUUGUGGAUUUUUUAAAAUUUCUAUCUUUUUCGGGAUUAUCUACUUUGCCAGAAAGUGCAACUUCGAAAUGGAGCCCCCCAACUUGGAAACCGGUUUAGAAUUUCCCAAAAAUCCUUUGCUCUGCCCCAUUUGUCACGACUACUUCACCGAGCCGUGCAUUUUGAGCUGUUACCACACGUUCUGCGCGAGGUGCUUGAGGGGCCGCGAGCAAGACAGAAAACUUGUGUGCCCUUUCUGCAGGCAACCUACCCUCUUAAAGGAUGGCAUUUCUCUUCCCCCACCAGAUACUCUUAUGAGACAGCUCAUCGAUAUUGCGAAUAGCGAAAAUCCGCCGUGUUGUAACUGCGAUAAACGCGACCGAGCCAACAUGUACUACUGCAACACAUGCGGACAAGCACUGUGUGCCCAUUGUCGAGACACCACUCACAGAGCCAAGAUGUUCGCUUCACAUGAAGUAGUUCAUAUGUCGAAAUGCCAGAAAGAACCCAAAAAGUGCCCUCAACAUGGAGAACAUUACAUAAUGUUCUCCCCCAUACAAAACGCCAUGCUUUGCGUGAACUGCUUCCGAGAUUUACCCAACGAAAUGCGUACUCAGUGUAUAGAUAUAGAUACGGCUCAUACGCAAGCUGCGAAACGGUUAGAACGUGGGCAGAAUGCCAUUAUGGACCUGCAAACGUCCGUAAGAGAUGGCAUAAUAGCCCUGAAAGGCUUAAUGGAAGAGCUUAGGCGAAAUAUGGAUGCCGAAAAGCACACUAUUAACACAUUCUGUCAGGGAAUGCAGGAAGCAAUUUCAAAAACUCACGCAGCUAUGAUUAUGGAAGUUCAGAGACAGUAUGACAGCAAGGAACGGGUUUAUAGAAGUCAACUACUGCUGCUGGGUUCCGUAAUGCCUGUUUUGCAGCUUCAUUUGGUACUUUGCACUACAUUUACGGCCGCUGCCAAUAAGUAUCAGUUUUUGGAACUUUGUCCAUCGUUGAUUGAUAGACUGGCGGCAGUGGGGCAACUUAGUCAACCCGUGAGGUCGCUGCAAUCAUCCCAGAUUAAAACUAACUACCGAUGCGAGUUCGCUCAGUCUUUGGAAGCUUGGAUUGGCCCUGCCGCCGUCUCUCAACAUCAAUCAGAACUGGCUGCAACUUCAAGAUUGUAUGAUACAGCACCUCCAGCAACAAAGAAGCAGCAGACCUCGCUGAAAGGUAAGAUUCUGGAAGGGGAUUCAUCAUUUUCGGCCCAUUGUCGUUCGUUUGAGUCCCAAAUUAGAGAGCUCAAUCACAAAUUCAAUGUGGUGAAGGAGAAGGUCGGCGAUUUGCAUAAAGACUUAACUGCUCUUAGAAAAGCUCAGUCUCCCCCUCUAGUGGCCCGUUAUGACCUUCUAGUCAGAGAAUGCAUACAUUUGGAUCAGACCUUAGAACGGCAACAACAAGAAUUGGAGAGAAUGGCAUCCAGUUUCGACGCAUCCUGGGAGGAACAACUGUGGCGGCUCCGUAUCGAGCAAGAAGUGUUCAGCUGCCAGCGGGCUGACGUCAACACUCUAAGGAAUGAACUCAAACACUUGAGUCAGGUGGCCGCCCAAUUGGAGCCGUACAUAAGAAGCCUGACUCCUGCGCAGCAAAACCAGCAGCCCACCCAGUUGCAAUCAUCUUCGCACGGCGAGCCGAGCCAAAGUGAUCAGGCACAGCAGUUGGCGUCGCUGCUCGAGCACAUAGGAAUGCUUCAGCAAACCGACUCCGGUGUCGGUAAAAUACCGCGAUCUAGGAGCCGGGUCUUGGGUCAGCUGUUGGAAAAAGUCCGGCCCAAUAUUCAGGAGCGGGAGCGGAGCAAAUCGGCCGGCCAGACGGAAAAGCCAAGCGAAGCGCCCCAAAAAGCGAUGAAAAAGCCAUUUAUGUCAAGUAAUCAACAAAUGAAUAUUGAUAGGUUGGAGGCACAGAUAAAGGAGAAGCUGCACGAUAUCAUGUGCCGCAGACAAAGUCAGCCCUCUUCCAAGUCGGAUACGGAAAUGGAGAAAAAAAUCAAACAGGAAGACAGGAAAUUUAGUAAAAGCGAAAUAGACAAUAUUGGCAAAUUGAGUAUGAAACAGAGAAUCCUCUACAAGAAAAUCGGCAAAAGUUGCGAUAAAAUUACCGCGACCGCCACCAAAAUGACGCCGGAACACGACAUGAAGAAAGUUAGGGGCGAGUCAGAGUAUCAACGAAUAUCGGACGCUACGUCGCAGGUUCGCGAGACCCGUUCGAGCCCCGGCAGUCCCAAGUGCAAGAACAAGAGCAAAAUGCAGCAAAAAACCAAGAAAAAAGUUUACCCCUACAGCGAUGGCGAGGAGAACGUUUUCUACUCCAUGAACGACUCCGCCGAUUCAUUGUCGACAUCUUCGCGACGCUCCAGCCUGGACGGCGGCGAUGAUCAAGACAAGACUUUGGUGGUGGUGAUAAACCGUCGUAACAAGGGCGGACCCAUGUCUUUGGCGCAGAAGCAGAGAAGUUGGGAGACGUUCCCGCCGAAACACAAAAGGCACCAUGUGUGCCAGGCCAAGUUAAGCGCGCCCACUCAUCCGGUCGGGCCGCUCAGGAAGACGGAUAGUUUCGAGGGACACGAGGAGGCGGUCAAGAGUAUCGUGGCCGCGGUGCAAGAGACCCGCAGGAAACCCAAGAGCAGCAAUUAACAACGGUCCUCGGCGGAGGAUCGCGGUUACGAAUAUACUGCCGUUUUGUUGUAUGCCGCGUUCGAGUGACAAACGAGAGGUAACCGUUUCUAGCGUCUAAGAGUGUUUCCGAAUGUAUUCUCUAUGCCUCGUUUACGUUUAGAAGAGAUAAGGAAUUAUCUAUCAACCGGCGGUGUUUUUUGGUUUUCGGGUCAUUUGAACUACUUCUCGGGAAUUGACUCAUUUGAAUGAUCGCUGGUUUGUUCUCGAGUUAGGUUUUAGGUUACCGUGUGCUGCCCGUUUAUCAGCCUUCAACUGUCGUUUAAAGGGGGUUUUGAGUAUUUCCCACAGCCGGGCAUUGACAUAAUAUGUCAAUAUAUCGGUCACGGUAGUCGUAGCGGGUGCAGGGCGAACUUGCUCUACCCUCAAUGUCUUUCGAAAGGAAUUUUCAUGUACCACUAGCUGUAAAUGAAAAUUUUACUUAUAUGGUUAACAAGCAUAUAGCAUUAGAUCAUAAAGCGGCCCUAGUAGGGGAAACUGGGGACACUUGAUCACCAUUUUGGUUUCUUGCUUAUAUUUUUAUCAAAUUUAGUUCUAUGAAAAUAAUACAUACAUAUAUAGGUAAUUAAUAUUGUUUAUUAUUGUUCCCAUUGUUUGAUUAUCAUAUUUAUGAGUGCUUUAUUUAUUUUUUGCAUUUUCCAAAAACUUUCCAAAAGGAACAAGUGUCCCAUAACUAUCAUUAACUCUCUUUAUAUUAAUCUCAAGGAAAUGUAACAAACAUAAAUAACUUUGACAACUAGAAACUACUAAUAACAUCAGGUAUUCAUAUCACACAUUUGCAUUGCAAGGUCUAAAACUUAUCUAAUCAAAAAGUAACAAUCUUGGCGGUACCUCUGAUCCACUUCAACAACGUUAACAACUUCUUUAAGAAUUUGUGGGUCAACACGUAUACGCGGUUUUGCACCCUCUUUUCUUUUAUAUGUUCUUCCCAUUUUAUAAUUAAUCUAAAACAAACGAAAAAAGAAAAUUGACAAAUUGAAUGUAUGGGACACUUGAUCACUGAUCAACUGUACCCGGGAGUGCUCUUUUAAAAAAUAUUUUUUGUUCAUGUCAAGAGAAAACGUUAAUUAAAUAAAAUACAUGUUAAUGCAAACUUUAAUAAACUACUAUCAAUGAUUUUGACACAUACUCAGUGAAUUAUUCAUUCAGUUAUUAAAAAAAAAGCAAAUGAAAAACUUACCGAAACAAAUGUUGACACAGAAAAAUAAAAAAUUUUGGUUCACCAUAGGCAACAAAGACCUAUGUUGCCAAUAUAAAAAUUAGAAAAAGCGUUUAGUUUUUGAUUUGUUACUGGGUGAUUAAGUCUCCCCAGUCUCCCCUACUGUAAAAAUUAAUACGCCGCUGCGGCAUUGAUAUUUUCGUAGAGAAGGUUAUGAUUUUCUGCACAUUUUGCGCCAUUUUCUUUCUAACCAGCGAUUUCCACACACUUAACUCUUUUUUCGAAAACA